UACGACGUGUAGCUAUGACGUCACGGGCCUAGCCAGGGGUUGUUUUUUUUUAAUCAGAGUAAAGCUCGAGCGACCAUCGACGUGGGGAAAAAAAAUCUGCCGGACGUGACAAAAAAUACAUACAAAUGGGGAUCGAAGAGGAACGUGAUCGAACGGUUUUUAUCAGGAACUUGGAUGCAAGGGUGACAGAGGAGCUCUUAUUCGAGCUGUUCUUGCAGGCAGGACCUCUGAUCAAAACAAAGAUCCCCAAAGACAUGGAUGGCAAGCCGAAGAAUUUCGGUUUCGCUGUGUACAAACACGAAGUGUCGGUGCCCUAUGCCGUGCUGCUGCUUAACGGGUGGUCGUUGUUCGGGAGAUCAAUACAUGUGCAGUUCCGCUCAGGUAGCAGUCAUAGCAAUAGUACGGGAAAUUCAAGUCCGACAAGUACCCCAAAUCCCCACGGCGUGAGGAUGCCACCCCAGUUCACCUCUCCAGCAAGGUCCUUUUUGUCUCCUGACAAUCUGCAGAAGCAUGCCAUGAUGAACAUGAUGAGUCAGCAGCUGGACGACUUCUCUUCCAAGCAGAGGCACCUGCCUGCAGGGGGCGGAGGCAACUUCAGGCAGCACGAAGGCAACCCCAGCUGGCCCUACCCAUCCCAGACCAACAGCUGCAGUAGAAACCAGCGCUACCCGGACGACCCGGGCAACCAUCAGCAGCACAGGAACAACUACCUGCAGCAGCAGAGUUCCUGGGGGGGCGGCAGCCGUCAGGGCGGCAACAGGCAUUACGACGACCGGGGCGGUAACCGUGAUUACCAAGAUAGUAGGUGGAGACGGUACUGAUGCAAAGAAAUCACCCCGAAAAAAAAGACUUCUUUAUGUGAUCACUUGGACAUUUUCUAGCAUACUCAGGUUGUUUUCUACAUGACCCCAGAAGGGUUAUUAGCAUCUUAACAUUUUUUUUUUUUGCUUUACUUUUACAGUGUUUUUAAAUUUAUACUUAACCAGGCCAAGGACAACAAUGUUAGACAAAAAAGAGCCUUUUGGUCUGCUUUUUUAUCAACUAUUUAAUUGGUGCGCAGAGUAGCUACGUAAUGUUCAGGUAUAAAAAAAUGUAUAUCUACCAGCACCACAUUUUUCCUCUAAAAAUCUUUAAUUUUUAAAUCUUGGUUUUGUAAGACCACUUUGGAAUGUUUUAACUGACCAUUAUGAUUAUAAAAGAUCUUUUGACUUAA